AUGCUUCGCUGCACCAAUGCUAGUGCUCUGCGGACGGGCGUUAAGAGCUGUCCGUUGACGAGAUUAUCUCUCGGCUCGAGAUGGUCUCGAGGUGUUUCGGGAGGCGCUAGGGCGAUUUCUCUCUCGUAUCCUGCUCCGAGAGGCAUUGCGCCGGGACAAAUUAGUGCUUGGAGGUUACCUGUUGGCGCAAGACGAUACUCUACAAAUUCUGAAGUUACACAUUCUAGGGGUUCGGAACCUCUUUCUGGGACAGAAGGGAUUGAAGAUCCAGAAUCCGUUGAUGUGAGUGAAGAGCUUGAUGAUUCGGAACCUCUCGUUGCGAGUGAAGGGCUUGAAGAUACGCUUCUGGAGCCCGAACCGUCGCUGAAAAGCAGACAAGGAAUCACACGCGAUGACCUUCUGCUCUCGAUUGCGAAGGCGGGCACUUCGCCGAAAACUCGGGAGGAGUUGGACGGGACCAUGCCGGUCAAAGUUUCCGGGAAAGUUGUCGAAAUGGAGUUGAAAUGGUUGAAGGAUCCUCGGGCGCUGUCCGACCGAGUCGGAAGACUUCUGAAGGCCGAUGAUGUGCUGUUGGCUGUGGCCUUGGUCCGCACGGCGCAGAGAGAGCAUAUGGAGUGUACGGUGGCUUGGAAUCAUCUCAUGGAGUAUUGUAUGGAGAAAAAUAACCCGAAGGCCGCGCUUAAGUUCUACAAUGAGCUUAUGGCGGGUCGCUGGCGAGCUUCCUGA